AUGUUUUCGCGUGUCGCCGGCGGGCCGUCGAAGUGGAGCGUCUAUUUGCGUCUCGAGGCCCGUCGUCCGUCGGUGACAGCGCGGCCGAAAAGCGGGCCUUACGGAUCCGGAUUACGUCGACGGAUUAUCCUGGCCCACGAGUCGCUUACUCCGGCGUUCGUCCCUAGCGCGGAGGAGUGCACGCGGCAGCUGAAUCCUGGCGAGCGUGGACUUCUCGAAGCGAGCCCAGCUGGCGAAAGUGCCCGCGGAACCGUGGCGGGGCCAGAGGAGGCGCAUCGGCCGGCGCGGGUUGCGUCAAGCGGCGUAUUUCAGGCGGGCACCGGUCGCUGCACCGGGCGGUUUGCGAAACCGCCGGUUAUGCAAGGCGGGCCGCUGCCAACUCGCGGCCGACGCACCGCCGGAAGGAAAAGUGGAACGGGCCGCAGUGGCGCGGCGGAGCGCGCCGCCCGUGCACGCCCCGACUGUGAAGUGCCCAGUGUCGUGUCAGUGCCGAUUCCAUGCGUGAGGCCCGUUGCGCAAGGCCCCCACGCCCACCGCGGGCCCGGACCUCAUGUCCACACCGAAUCCCCCUGCACCGCUCCCCAUAGUGCCCCGUGGCGUUUUAGUUCUGCACGUGCCGCGUCCAACGCAUUAUGUUCCUAUCAUAUCGCAUUUGUGUCAUUGUUCGCACUUAAAUUACAUAAAUACUUACAUGAUCUCAUCCUCGGUGUGUUUUCCUCGCGGCUCGUUCAAACGGAGGCUCUGCUUGGUCUCGCUGCAAGUGAUGUAACGCAGCGAGUUUUA